AUGGCAUCUCCGCUGAAUCUGAAUAGAGAAGGAAGAGAUACUGAUGAGGUAAAAACAUCACAUGAGGAAAGCGAAGAAAUUGCAGGAAAUACAAUUAGGCUAAUUAUAGCGUUACCAGACGGCAGAAGGAUUGAAGAAGGUGAAGCGGAAAAACACUGUACUUUUUAAACCCAUUUUAGCUAAAAAAAUUGCAAAUGGUUAUUAAAGUCAUUUUUUAUAUCAAAAAAAUGAGGUAGAAAAAAGAAAAUGUGCUUUUUCCACCUGAUUGAAGAUGAUGUAAUAUAAAUUCAGUUCAAAGCUGGAGUUAACAUUGAUUGGGUUGUCUAUAAAAUUUCAAGCCAAACAGACUAUCAAUUUGAAUCAAUUGUAAGAGACAUGUAGGAACUGUUUUUUGAAGGCCGCAAGCUACUAGGGCCACUUUCAUUGGCUGAUUACCCACAAAUACAGAGUGGAGCAAUAUUAACUGCAAGAAUCUUAGAAUAA